UCAAAGUAGCCGGCGCCGGAGAAACUGAGAGAGUCAGAGAGAUGUUCAGAAUCGAAUUGCUAAAAAGCACACUGACUCGAUCUCACCCACAGAGAUUUUAUCGUGUAUCGUCGUCCCUCUUAUCAACAUGGUACUCUCCAGAAACUAUUUCUCAAGCAGACAACGACGACGACGACCCAGUUCUUAUCAAACUCUCAGUUGCCAUCAGAGACUCUUACAAGGAUCCGCCGUCGGAGUUCUCUUCUUUUACUGCCGACCCCUCUAUCAGAAAGGUUCUGCCUUCGCUCAGUGUUCGUCAUGUUGUCGAUCUCAUCAACCGUAACCCUCUCUCCCUCCCACACCGUUCUAUCUUCGCUUUCUUCAAAUUCAUCUCAUCUCAGCCUGGAUUUGGGUUUACCGCUGAAUCAUACUUCUUCAUGGCUCGUUUUCUCGCUAUACACGAGAUGUUCACGGAAGCACAAUCACUUAUCGAGCUCGUCGUCUCUCGUAAAGGCAAAAACUCGGCUUCUUCAGUUUUUGAUUCUUUGGUAGCAAUGCGAGGAGCUCCUAUGUGUGGUUUCCUAGUUGAUGCUUUGAUGAUCACGUACACGGAUCUAGGUUUCAUACCCGAUGCUGUUCAAUGUUUUAGGCUAUCUCGGAAGUAUAAAUUUGUUGUUCCAAUUCGUGGUUGUGGCAAUUUGCUUUAUCGGAUGAUGAAACUGAAUCCAACUGGGACUGUUUGGGGAUUCUAUAUGGAGAUUUUGGAUGCUGGGUUUCCUUUGAAUGUGUACGGUUUCAAUAUCUUGAUGAACAGAUUUUGUAAAGAAGGCAAUAUAUGUGAUGCCCAGAAGGUGUUCGACGAAAUUACUAAAAGAAGCUUGAAGCCUUCAGUUGUUAGUUUCAACACUUUGAUUAAUGGUUACUGUAAAGUUGGAAACUUGGAUGAAGGGUUUAGGCUCAAGGAUCGUAUGGAGAAAAGCAGAACACGCCCAGAUGUUUUUACCUAUAGUGCCUUGAUUAAUGCGUUGUGUAAAGAGAAUAAGAUGGGUGGAGCACAUGGCUUGUUUGAUGAGAUGUGUGAGAGAGGGUUGCUCCCAAAUGAUGUUAUUUUUACUACUUUGAUUCAUGGUCAUAGUAGGAGUGGACGGAUUGACAUGAUGAAAGAAAGUUACGAGAAGAUGUUGAGUAGGGGUCUUCAGCCUGAUCUUGUUCUAUAUAAUACUUUAGUAAAUGGCUUUUGUAAGAAUGGGGAUUUAGUGGCCGCAAGGAAGAUAGUUGAUGGGAUGAUCCGUGGAGGUCUGAGGCCUGACAAAAUAACAUACACAACUCUUAUUGAUGGAUUUUGUAGAGGAGGAGACGUAGAAACAGCUUUGGAGAUAAGGAAGGAAAUGGUUCAGAACGGGAUUGAACUCGAUAGGGUGGGUUUCUCAGCUCUUAUUUGUGGAAUGUGCAAAGAAGGAAGAGUCGUUGAUGCUGAAAGAGCUUUGAGGGAGAUGCUGCGAGCUGGUAUGAAACCGGAUGAUGUAACUUAUACAAUGAUGAUGGAUGCAGUCUGUAAGAAAGGUGAUGUUCAAACCGGUUUCAGAUUGCUCAAGGAAAUGCAGAGCGAUGGGCAUAUUCUUAGUGUUGUGACGUAUAAUGUUCUGCUGAAUGGACUAUGCAAAUUGGGACAGAUGAAGAAUGCUGACAUGUUGCUAGAUGCCAUGCUUAAUAUAGGGGUUGUUCCGGAUGACAUCACAUACAAUAUCCUCUUGGAAGGUCACCAUAGCCAUGCAACUGCAUCAAAGCAUUAUAAACAGAAACCUGAGAUCGGGAUUAUAGCUGACUUUGCCUCUUACAAAUCACUAGUCAAUGAGAUUUACAGAGCUUCAAAAGAUCACCGGAACAGCUAACAUCCGACUAUUUGUUCCUAGAUACGACCGAAACUUUCCUAUUAAUCACCAAAAGUCGUUUUUUCAUCUUAGAUAAGUUGCAUUGAGUGUACUUUCGAAGAAGAAGGCACACAGCUGAAGCAGAGAAGAGAGGAAGGCACGUGUGAAGAAUUGUGAGGCGGCUAAACUUGUAACACAAGCGAUUGGGAUUGUCUAUAAAGUGUAUCAGCAUUUGUUGAAGUUGUUAUGUUGGUUCUUGUUUGUAGAUCAGUCAUUAUGAGACUGUGAGUGAGGAUAGUUUUUUGGAGAACUAUUUCUUUAUGUUUGUAGUUAUUUACUGAUAUUCUUAUUGUACACACUUGUAAUUGUACAUAUUGCAUAC